AUGACUAUAAAAAAUAAAAAGACUAAACAAACGAAGGCGUCAGAAGUGACCUCGACGAGCAGUGCAUCGACCAGUGUGCAGAAGAGCAGCACGUCUACUGUGCAGAAGAGUAGUAACACUCUGCAGAAGGUCAGCUCGGCAGGUAAAAAGGUCCGCUACAUCGACGUAAAGGUCGAGGAGGAUGACCCGCUCAUGAUUACUGAUGUAACUGAUCACGCUUCUAUAACCGGCUCUACAAUAUCAGAGCAUUAUAAUAGCCAUCCGCACUACAUAAUAACAGAAGCACCAUCUGUGACUGAUUUAUCUCAAACCAGAUUACACGAACAUAAUGUCAGUGAUAUGGCUCAGUCUACAACCGGUGAGUUCGUCUCUAGUUCUGUACUUCAAGAGACCUCUUCAACUCACCAACAGAGCUCAAAAAGUGAAAAAUUUGAGUCGUCCUCGACCUCAGUACAACACUCUGACUCCACUCACAGUCAGACAUUUGAUAGAACGGUAGAUUCGUCCAUUGAGAACCAAACUCUCAACACUGGUUUUAUAGACAGCACCGCUCAUAACAUAAGAGGAUCAAGUGGUCAUAUUAUGAGACCUCAGGGUGCAACUGCAACUAAUUCAUUGCUUCAAUCGGAACGUGAGAAUGCAACCAAUAUACAAAGGACACAGCAAAAAACGUUUUUAUCUCGAAAAGAUAUGAAAGACAAUUUCUCGAAAAUAACUGAUAAAAAAUUUGUUAACCAGCGCGAGAAGGACAAUUAUCAUUCCUCCGAUGGAUCGAAGAGAAGUCAGACUGUUAAGUCAGACAGUGGUAAUUUUUACGGCGGAGAAGGUACGCUUGAUCGGAACGUUAAAAGUACUGAAUAUAGUACAAUAAGUCAAUCGAGUGAAAAUAAAAGUAAUAGUGUGACAAAAUCAUCGUCAUCGUCGUAUGUAGUGGAAAUUGUUGAUGGAAAAGAACGCAUAAUUGAUAGCUCCAAACGUGAAUGGGGUGACGCCCAAGAACACUUAUCAAAAGAAGCUUAUGCAAGCGUUAGUGGAACUGAUAUUAAACCGCAAUCUGUUUACAGUGCAAAAAAUUAUGACAUGAAUUCUAAAUACGACUCUGGAAAGGAUGGUAUACCUAAAAGUGAAAUGACUAUUAGAGAGGACUCAAAGUAUGUGAAGGAUGGGCAGCAAAUUAGUGCACAUGAGAGCAUUGUCGCGCAUAAAGAUACAAUUCACCACCUGAAAUCUGCUGAAGAUAGAACAUCAGUCCAUGAUAAUGUGCAAUACAUUGAUUCUUCUUCUGAUACAGUAAACAACACGCAAAGUAAUACUAACACAGUCGAAAGUAGUAAAAUAAUCAAUGAAAGUACAAAUAUACAAAGACGUAACCAGAAUACCAGAACCGAUUCGUCUAACUUUUACGGUUAUGACACAACAAUUCAAAACGAACUUCAGAAGGUUGGCGAUAUUCUGCAGGUUCGAGAUACCGACAAUAUUAACUUUUCUACUAAAAUAUUAAAGAGCAAUACAAGCAGCGCUCAACAGGCAUCAACAUCUUCUUACGUUUUAGAAGUGAUUGACGGCCAACAAAGGAUAGUGGACAGCUCUCAUCGAGAAUGGGGAGAUAGUAAAGAACACGCAACACAUGAAAAAAGUCAUUACGUUAGUGGACCAGGCAUAAAACCAGAGCAUGAAUAUACGCGACAUGUCUUAGACAAGGAAUCUUUCUAUGAUACUGGUAAAGAUGGUAUACCCAAGAGCGCAACUUCCGUUUCCGAGGAAUCAGCUUUGUAUAAAGAUGGUAAAGAGGUCGCUUCUACACGAAACGUAUAUUCUGGAGACUUCACAAAGAAGCCAGCGAUUACUGAACAUCCUUCCGAUAGAGAUGAUAUGCGUGUCAGAAACAUACAGGACACGACCAACAAAUCAGUUUAUUCUGAUACUCAAGAAACAAUCACAUCGGACAAAACCACCAACGCCCGUGAUAAUAAAAAUGUUACCACAACGACUGAUUUUAUCACAAAAGAAAAACAAAAUAUAGUAAAGGAGACAACAUCAAAAUCAACUUCUGAAAUGAAAGACACUUUGACCACAUACGAAAGAAGCACGGGAACAUGGAAUGGAAAGUUUGUUUAUGAGAAAGAUGAUGAUAGGCCAAAACGCCCUAAAGAAAUGUCACCUUUUGGUAAACCCGAACAGCCUCGACACCAUCUUAAGCGACAAGACACACAGGAUAAUAUUAUAUUAACAUCAAAAGACAUAAAAGAUUUUACAUCCAUAAGUGACUUGCGAAAAAUUAUUGAGACCUCUUCAUCGAAUAAAGAUGUAACGGUAAGUAACAAGAACAUUGUUAUAAGGAGAAAUAUUGACGACAGGGUGUUAAAGGAUAUAAUAGAAACGGUUAAAAAAUAUCCAUUUAAGAGAAUUGACAAAGUUACCUUUGGCACUAAAAUUAAUGAAGAUGUGAAAGAUCUAUAUGAAGGUGUGGAUACAGAGCAAAUGACUGUUCUAAAUUCAAGCAAUUCUGACAUAAUCAAGAAGUCAUUCGAAGUGGACAAAACAAGAAGUCAAGUGGAGGUUACGCGUUAUAUUACGGAAAAUGGAGUAACUAGAAAAGUAACAACUUACGAAGAUGCAAAAGAAGACGAGAAAGUAAAAACCGACGUUUUUGUCGAUAACAGUGCGUUAGACAUCAAAAACUUGAACGAUGUCCGUACUACACGUGAUAUACGCGAAUACGAUGUGGUAGAUCAUGCUAUCACCGACACCACAAGAAAGGAUACCGUUGUCAGCACAGUUUACGACGAAACCAUCAUUGAUGACAGAAAAACAGUGCGAGACGACAAGACCAUUGUUGAGGAGACCGUCUACAUAGAUGAAACAAAACCUCGACACGCUGGACCCAAAAAACCUGAGAAAAAGGUUGUUAAGGAGCAAUGUAUUUGCGAAAUCUGUACUUGUGGGCGUCACCGUUGCCCACACAACGAUGUCCCGGAGCCAUUGUUCGAUGUGGCGCACACGACGAGCGUGGUAUCCGCAUACAAACAGGAUUACGACGAGAAACACGUCAGUCGUACGACUGCUGUUCAUCAUGAGGACCAUCUCCGGCUUGAAGGCGACUUCCACGAACCUGAGCGACCACAAUGGCAACCCGCCGAACGACCGCGACCUACUAAGCCGGAGGACAAUCUCAAACCUGAGGGUGAAUUCGAAAGGAGGCACCCAGAAGAGUGGCGGCCGGGUGACAGAGCACCAGUAAGGCGUCCGGAAGACAAUCUCAGACCAGAAGGUGAUUUCGAGAAACGUAAGCCCGAAGAAUGGCGACCCGGUGAUCGUGCUCCUGUUCGUCGACCUGAUGAUAAUUUAAAACCCGAAGGAGAAUUUUCUACCCCCGAAAAGGAACCGUGGAGACCUGCAGAAAGACAAAAACCGAGAAAACCUGAAGACAACCUAAAGCCUGAGGGUGAAUUCCAGAAACGUCAACCUGAAGAUUGGCGCCCUGGUGAGAGAGCACCAGUGCGCCGUCCUGAGGAUAAUCUGAAGCCCGAGGGUGACUUCGAAGAUAGAAGGCCUGAUGAAUGGAGGCCUGGUGAAAGAGCUCCUGUGCGUCGUCCUGAGGACAAUUUAAGGCCAGAAGGUGAAUUCGAGAAAAGACGCCCCGAAGAAUGGCGCCCGGGAGACAGAGCUCCCAUCCGGCGUCCAGAUGACAACCUUAAGCCCGAAGGUGACUUCACAACACCUGAAAAAGAAACUUGGAGGCCUGCUGAACGACAGAAACCUACAAAGCCUGUAGAUAAUUUGCGCCCUGAAGGGGAAUUUGAAAAAAGGCGACCUGAUGAAUGGCGUCCUGGAGAUCGCGCCCCUGUUCGACGGCCAGAAGAUAACUUAAGACCCGAGGGAGAGUUUUCUACUCCGGAGAAACAGCCAUGGACACCAGCAGAGAGACAAAAACCGAAAAAACCUGAAGAUAAUCUUCGACCCGAGGGGGAAUUUGAGAAACGUAAGCCUGAAGAAUGGCGCCCCGGUGAAAGAGAAUCUGUUCGACGCCCAGAAGAUAACUUGAAGCCAGAAGGUGAAUUUACAACACCAAAAAAAGACGAAUGGCGACCCGCUGAGAGGCCUCAACAAAAGAAACCUACGGACAAUCUAAAACCUGAAGGUGACUUUGCUCAGCGUCAGCCUAUAGAGUUUGUACCAGCUGAAAAGCCUAUUGUAAAAAGACCGGAAGAUAAUUUACGACCUGAGGGUGAUUUUACUACGACAAGAUCCAUAACAGAUGAUUACAAAGUGGUAACAGGAGAAAGAGCUGAAAUAAUAAGACGUACAGAUAAUAUUAUUAUUGAAGGUGAAUUCACGGAUACUACAACAUCACGAUCUGAAUACGUAAUUAAACCUGUCAACAAACAAAAACCAGUACGCCGAAAUACUUGGACUAAAAUAGAGGGAGACAUGAUUACUGAUACUACCACAAAAUCUGAAUUCAUAGAUUACACUGAUACCAUGGAGAGAACAACUCUGAUUACACGCAAAACAGAUAAUUUAACAAACGAAGGUGAAAUUGAGUUUGUAACCUCAAAUCAAAAUGAUUAUACCGAAAAGAAUACUAUCAUUGAACGUCCACAUCGUCGACGUACUUGGACGAAAGAAGAUUUUGAAAAGUUUUAUUCCACAGAAAAUUUGGAAACUACGACUACAACCCAAGAAGAAUAUAUAAACUAUGAGACAGUUGAUGUGAGACAAAGAAAAAUUAAGCCGGCUGAUAAUUUAAAACCUGAAGGUGAUUUUGAAAAACCAAAAAUAGAAGAAUGGCGUCCGGCUGAAAGACAAACAGCUAAGAGACCACAAGAUAAUUUGAGGCCAGAGGGAGACUUUGCUUCACCUGAAAAGGACGCAUGGCGUCCUGCGGAACGCCCAACCCAAAAACGACCUAAGGAUAAUUUAAGACCAGAAGGAGAAUUUGAGCAACCUAAACAGGAUGAGUGGCGUCCAGCCGAAAGACAAACGCCUAAAAAGCCACAAGAUAACUUGAAACCAGAAGGUGACUUCACAACUCCUGAGAAAGAUCAAUGGCGACCAGCUGAGCGACCAACACAAAAGAGACCAAAAGAUAAUUUGAAACCAGAAGGAGAAUUUGAGCAACCUAAACAAGAUGAGUGGCGUCCAGCCGAAAGGCAAACACCGAAGAAACCACAAGAUAACUUAAAACCAGAGGGUGACUUCACAACUCCAGAAAAAGAUCAAUGGCUUCCAGCAGAACGCCCAACCCAAAAGAAACCAAAGGAUAAUUUAAAACCAGAAGGCGAAUUUGAGCAACCAAAACAAGAUGAGUGGCGUCCAGCUGAACGUCAAAUGCCUAAAAAACCACAAGAUAAUUUGAAACCGGAAGGUGACUUUACUUCACCAGAAAAGGACGAAUGGCGCCCGGCGGAACGCCCAACCCAAAAGAGACCUAAGGAUAAUUUAAGACCAGAAGGAGAAUUUGAGCAACCAAAACAAGAUGAGUGGCGUCCAGCUGAAAGACAAACACCUAAGAAACCACAAGACAACCUCAAACCUGAAGGUGAAUUCACGACACCAGAAAAAGAUCAAUGGAGACCCGCUGAACGCCCUAUACAAAGAAGACCUCAAGAUAAUUUAAAACCAGAGGGUGAAUUUGAGCAACCAAAACAUGAUGAGUGGCGUCCAGCUGAAAGACAAACACCUAAGAGACCACAAGAUAAUUUGAGACCAGAGGGUGACUUUGAACAGCCUAAACAAGAUCAAUGGCGACCAGCUGACCGGCCAACUCAAAAGAGACCAAAAGAUAAUUUAAGACCAGAAGGCGAAUUUGAGCAACCAAAGCAAGAUGAAUGGCGUCCAGCUGAAAGACAAACACCCAAGAAACCACAAGAUAAUUUAAGACCAGAGGGCGAAUUCACAACUCCUGAAAAAGAUCAAUGGAGACCAGCUGAACGACCAACUCAAAGAAGACCAAAAGAUAAUUUGAAACCAGAAGGAGAAUUUGAGCAACCAAAGCAAGAUGAGUGGCGUCCAGCUGAAAGACAAACACCCAAGAAACCACAAGAUAAUUUAAGACCGGAAGGUGAAUUCACGACUCCCGAUAAAGAUCAAUGGCGUCCAGCCGAGAGACCCACUCAAAAGAAGCCAAAGGAUAAUCUUAAACCUGAAGGUGAAUUUGAGCAACCUAAACAAGAUGAAUGGCGUCCAGCCGAGCGGCAAAGACCUCAAAAGCCUCAAGAUAAUUUGAAACCUGAAGCUGAAAGACAAACACCCAAGAAACCACAAGAUAAUUUAAGACCAGAGGGCGAAUUCACAACUCCUGAAAAAGAUCAAUGGAGACCAGCUGAACGACCAACUCAAAGUAGACCAAAAGAUAAUUUGAAACCAGAAGGAGAAUUUGAGCAACCUAAACAAGAUGAGUGGCGUCCAGCUGAAAGACAAACACCCAAGAAACCACAAGAUAAUUUAAGACCGGAAGGUGAAUUCACAACUCCCGAUAAAGAUCAAUGGCGUCCAGCCGAGAGACCCACUCAAAAGAAGCCAAAGGAUAAUCUUAAACCUGAAGGUGAAUUUGAGCAACCUAAACAAGAUGAAUGGCGUCCAGCCGAGAGGCAAAGACCUCAAAAGCCUCAAGAUAAUUUGAAACCUGAAGGUGAAUUUGAACAGCCUAAACAAGAUGAGUGGCGUCCAGCUGAAAGACAAACACCUAAAAAGCCACAAGACAACCUCAAACCUGAAGGUGAUUUCACGACACCAGAAAAAGAUCAAUGGAGACCUGCUGAACGCCCAAUACAAAGGAGACCUCAAGAUAAUUUAAAACCAGAAGGUGAAUUUGAGCAACCUAAACAAGAUGAGUGGCGUCCAGCUGAAAGACCAACACCUAAGAGACCACAAGAUAACUUAAGACCAGAAGGCGAAUUCACAACUCCUGAAAAAGAUCAAUGGCGACCAGCUGAACGACCAACUCAAAGGAGACCAAAAGAUAAUUUGAAACCAGAAGGAGAAUUUGAGCAACCUAAACAAGAUGAGUGGCGUCCAGCCGAAAAACAAACACCUAAGAAACCGCAAGACAAUUUAAGACCGGAAGGUGAAUUCACAACUCCCGAUAAAGAUCAAUGGCGUCCAGCCGAGAGACCCACUCAAAAGCGUCCGAAGGAUAAUCUUAAACCUGAAGGUGAAUUUGAGCAACCUAAACAAGUUGAGUGGCGUCCUGCCGAGAGGCAAAGACCUCAAAAGCCACAAGAUAAUCUUAAACCAGAAGGUGAAUUUGAGCAACCUAAACAAGAUGAGUGGCGUCCAGCCGAAAGACAAACACCUAAGAAACCGCAAGACAAUUUAAGACCGGAAGGUGAAUUCACAACUCCCGAUAAAGAUCAAUGGAGACCAGCUGAACGACCGAUUCAAAGGAGACCAAAAGAUAAUUUGAAACCUGAAGGUGAAUUUGAGCAGCCUAAACAAGAUGAGUGGCGUCCAGCCGAAAGACAAACACCUAAGAAACCACAAGACAAUUUAAGACCGGAAGGUGAAUUCACAACUCCCGAUAAAGAUCAAUGGCGUCCAGCCGAGAGACCCACUCAAAAGCGCCCGAAGGAUAAUCUUAAACCUGAAGGUGAAUUUGAGCAACCUAAACAAGAUGAGUGGCGUCCUGCCGAGAGGCAAAGACCUCAAAAGCCACAAGAUAAUCUUAAACCAGAAGGUGAAUUUGAACAGCCUAAACAAGAUCAAUGGCGACCAGCUGAGCGGCCAACUCAAAAGAGACCAAAAGAUAAUUUGAAACCAGAAGGAGACUUUGAGCAACCUAAACAUGAUGAGUGGCGUCCAGCUGAAAGACAAACACCUAAGAAACCACAAGAUAAUUUGAGACCAGAAGGCGACUUUACAACUCCUGAAAAAAGUCAAUGGCGACCAGCUGAGCGGCCAACUCAAAAGAAGCCUAAGGAUAAUCUUAAACCUGAAGGUGAAUUUGAGAAACCUAAACAAGAUGAGUGGCGUCCAAGCAGACAGACAAAAACCUCAAAAGCCACAAGA